AUGGAUUUCCUCCGACUUCAUCUCCCGGGGCUGCAUCAGGCCUUGAGGGGGGCGCUGGACUCUCUGAGCACCUUUAUCUCCUACCUUAUGGGAGAUGAGGUUCCCACUGCCGGAAGGAGGGAGGCGCCCGCAGAGUGGGGGCUGGGGGAGGCGGCUGCAGGCAAGCAGGGCAAGAUUGUGGAGGAGGAAGGCCAGGAGGCCCUGGAAGGUCUUGGAUGUAGCCAAAGUAAGGGGGAGGAAGAGCUGGGAGGACCUGAAGAGCCUGGAAGAUGCCAGGAGGGAAGUUCAGCUGCAGAACAGACCUGGGGCGGGGGAGAAGGCAGGUCCCAUGGGUCCCCAGAAGACGGGCAGGACACUGGGGUCUGGGAGGAAGCUAAGGCGUCCGGAUGUCGGAUGCUGAGUGCCUCCUUGGAGGUCCUGCAGGAUUCUGAGGCAGAGUCUGAGGCUGAGCGAGAUGGGAGCAGCCAAGGCCAGGAAAGUCAGGUGUCCAGUGAGCAGGAAAUGAAGAGAGGAGAGACACCAAGUACCUGGGAGGAGGAAGAGGUCAGGCCAGAAGGGCCAGGGCUGCCCGGAGGGGUGGAGUCAGAGUGGGCCUGGCACAGGGAGCCUGAGGCGAAAGGCUCUGCUGACAGCCAGAGGGUGCCAGGGGAAAGCCCGGAGUCGGAGCAGGCAGGCAGGGAGGUGGUUGGAGAGGAGAGCCCGGUGCUUGGGGCCGGGGGAGCGGGGAGGGAAGUAGAAGUGAGGUGUGGCCAAAGCACGGGCAUACAGGGGACAUGGCAGCCGCGGGCGGAGCGUGAGGACUGGGUCAUCUCAGGCAGAUGGGAGACCAGGACAGCCUCAGGGGAGGAGGCUGGAGAGACCUCAGGAGGGGAGGAGGGGAAGGCAGCCUUAGAAGGGGAGGAGACCCGGACCACCUCAGGAGAGGGGUCAGCCGGGACCACCUCAGAAAAGGGGGAGGCUGGCACUGCCUCAGGAGAGGGGGAGGCUGGGACCACCUCAGGAGAGGGGGAGGCCGAGGCAACUUCAGGUGAAGAAGAGGCUGGGUCAGCCUCAGGAGGGGAGGAGGCCUGUGUAAUCUCAGGCGCAGAGGGGGGCUGGAUAAACGCAGGUGGGACGGAGCUCAGGACCCCCUCAGACAGGGAGGAGAUCUGGGGAGCAACGGGCACACAGGAGGAUGGUACGACCUCAGGAGGGGAGGAGACCAGGACCACCUCAGGAGGGGAGGAGGAUGAGGCAACUUCAAGUGAAGAAGAGACUGGGACAACCUCAUACCGGGAGGAGGCCUGGACAGUCCCAGGCACAGAGGAGACCUGUCCAGAUUCAGGCGGGGAGGAGGCUGGGAGAACCUCUGACCUAGAGGAGGCCUGUACAACCUCCGGCAAGGAAGAAACCUGUAUAGCCUCGGGCAUGGUGGGGGCCUGGACCGCCUCAGGCGGGGAGGAGGCCCAUACAGCCUUGGGCAGGGAAGAAACCUGUACAACCUCAGACACUGAGGAGGCCUGUACAGCCCUGGGCAGGGAGGAGGCUGGGACCACCUCAGCAGGAGAGAGGACCCACCCAACCUCAUGCGAGGAGGAAGUUGGCUUCCUAGGAGUCAGAGAACGAGAUUACGGGGCAGCCCCAGAGCAAGGGACCCCGGAGGGCACUGGGAGAGUCGGAGCCUCGGAGGGGGACCUCAGUGGAGAUCAGGAGGAGGUGGAUGAGAAGAGAGACGCUGAGGCGAGUCAGUCUGACAAAGCGAGCCAGCCGCUGGGAAUCGAGGGUCUGGAAGGGGCUCAGGCCUUGAGGGCAGGGGGUGAGGGCUUCGGCAGGCCAAGCAAGCCCAGUGAGGGUGGCGAAGGGGUCCAGGGUGCCCGAGAUUCAGAGAUCACAGCUGCUGGAGCCAGAGAGAAGGAGGCGGUGCAGGCCAAGGAGGCCGAGACGGAGAGAGAAAGCUCCCAGGCCGCUGAACCUACACCGCCGCCCAGCCCAGAGCCAAACCUGGAGGACACGGGAGGCCAAGAGGACGGAGGCCCACGGCAACAAUCAGAGGCCGGGCCUGGGCCCCGGGGGGAGGCCGAGGGUUGUGCAGAAGGAGGUGAAGCUCACAGCUGCUGGACUGAGGCCCUGCUCCCCGCAUCCCGCCUGGAUGUGUCGGUGUCCCGGAGCCGGGCUCUGCUCUCCCGCAAUGCCUCCCAGCGCCGCUCCCGGCCCUCUUUUCGUCGGCCCCCAACCCGGGAGACGCAGGAGGAACCUCCCAGCCCCCCACUUCAGGAAGGGGACUCUGUGCCCCAGCAGGGUCUUCUGAAACUUGAGGAUCCCCCACAGCCCAGUGCCCUGAGACCUGAAGGGACCCCCGUGCCCGCGAGGAGGAGGCCGCUGGGACACGGGUUCGGCCUGGCUCACUCGGGCAUGAUGCAGGAGCUGCAGGCCAGGCUGGGCCAACCAAAGCCCCAGUGACACGGACAGAGGCCCUGGACACAGGCCCGAGUGACUGUCAGGCCCUGAGUGGACCCACC